AUGGUACGGACGGAGGACUUUUUGAGAGCCAACCCAGUCCCCAAAAAUGACAUAAGUGUCAGUCAACUUUCACAGCAAAUAAAAAUGACACAAAACAAAAUGGUGGACGAAGCUUCAAAUUCAAAUAAACCAUGUAAAAUUCCCUUAGCUCCGGCACCGCCGGUGUUGCCUAAUAAGAUGCAAUUACCAGAAAGGAAAAACAUUUUGAAAUCGGCAGCAACAUUAUUGGGCAAUGACCUUAAUGAUUCAGCUACAAAGUCGGCUUUAAAUACUUGCGAAGAAUUCUUAAAUGGACAAAGCAAUGCCGAAGAGCUUUCGAAACUACGUUGGUUUUAUCAUAAUAACGAUGUUAUAGCUUGCCUUCAAGAUGGCCCCACCUGCGGAUUAGUCGCCUUAAAGAUUGCUGCUGAUAUUUUAAAAGUCAGUAAACCUUACAAUGAUAUACCAAAUCUAUUGAGAGUUGCCAAAGAUAAUGGUUUUACUAAUGAUGGCGAGAUGUUUUCUGCUCAUGACAUGGGAGUACUGGCAAAAAUAUUUUAUAAUCUUAAGUACAAAGUUAUUCAUAAUGGGUUGGAGAAGUACAAGAGUUUAAUAGAACAUUUAUACCAAGGUUAUCCAGUCUUGGUGCCUUAUGAUGCUGACAGAAAUCACACACCAUGUUUAAAACAAGGUCACAAAGCACAUUGGGCUGUUUUGACAGGAUUUCUUCUGAGCCUUCAAGAGAUAUCGUCAAGGAAGUGUGACAAUGCUGAAUUGGCAAAAAUCAAUGCCUUUCGAUGUGAAACAACACCAAUUCAGUCAUUAGAAAUUGGAAAUGUGUAUCUUAUAGCUAGACAAGGGAAAUCCAGACAUUAUUUUUUGUGUUCCUGGUUAGAUUUGCAUGAUAGCAAUAGAAACCUGUUUGAGUUCCCUCAAUAUGACAUGGAAAAAAGGAACAAGGUAAUCUUUACAGAUGGUUUAGACAAUGAUCUUUGUUCAAAGGCAGUUUAUCUUUUUCCUGCUUAUGAAUAAUGCUGAUAAAUCUUUUAUUUUAGUCUUUAUAAUAUUUUGUUCAAAUUUACAAAUUUUAGUAAUUUGAAACAAUAAAACGUUAAUGGCAGACUUGAAAAAUUAUUUUAAAGUAAGUGUCAGAUUUUCAAACUCUAAAUAUAUUAUUUGCAUUGUAAAA